AGAGUAAUUAUACGAGACAGGGGAAGCAUUUUCUGACUGCUGGCUACACAGAGGACUCAACAACAAGGUUUGCGGAUUGUUGGGCUGUAAUAGGAGUCCCGUGGACGAAUUUGAGCUGGUUUGUGGACAGGUCGGAACAAGACUACCGCACGAGUGCCAUGUGGAUACAUGUAUCCAAACGCGUAGCGUGAAUGUAUCGAUACUUUUUACAGUGUGUAUGAAUUUGUACUCUUAAGCGGACAUGGACCAUGUUUUUACAAUGUAUCUGAUCGCAAGCGGACACAGACUUCUCUAUAUAGUAUGAUGAUCUGUAUGUGGAGAGACGAAAGGGCAAAGCCCCAAAGAAACAGCAAGGACUCGUUGUCGUUUGAGAAAUGAUUACAAAUGCACGACACGGAAAGGAACAUGAUUGAAAGGACCAGUAAAUUUCUGCUGAUCGUCGUGGGAUCGGUGUUUUUCAUGCUGAUAAUGUAUCAGUACGUGGCGCCCGGGGUGAUAAACUUCGGCUCCCCGCAUGGAUACCUUCUCGGUGAAGAGGACAUGACCAUUUUCCCCUCUCCGGAUCCCCAUUAUGUGAAAAAGUACUACUUUCCUAUUAAAGAUCUUCAACGCAACAUAGAGUUCGAGAUAAAGGGAGAAGAUGUGAUCGUUUUCCUCCACAUCCAGAAGACCGGCGGGACCACAUUCGGAAGGCAUCUGGUCCAAAAUGUUCGUCUGGAGCUUCCGUGCGAUUGCAGACCCGGACAGAAGAAGUGUACAUGCUACCGUCCGAACCGUAAGGAGACCUGGCUGUUCUCCCGUUUCUCAACCGGCUGGAGUUGCGGGUUACACGCUGACUGGACCGAGCUCACCAAUUGUGUACCGGGAGUUCUCAACAAAAGAGAGAGCAAGUCUAAAAAUUCGAGAAAAUUUUACUACAUCACUUUGCUGAGAGACCCCGUAUCUCGAUACCUCAGCGAGUGGAGGCACGUCCAGCGCGGGGCGACGUGGAAGACCUCCCUGCACAUGUGCGACGGGCGAACACCGACUCCCCAAGAGUUGCCUCCCUGCUACGAGGGCACGGACUGGUCGGGCUGCACCCUGGAGCAGUUCAUGGACUGUCCCUACAACCUGGCCAACAACCGGCAAGUCCGCAUGCUGGCCGACCUCAGCCUGGUUGGCUGCUACAACCUCUCCACGGUCCCCGAUAAGAGACGCUCGCAGCUCCUCCUAGAGUCGGCCAAGAAAAACCUCCGCGACAUGGCUUUCUACGGCCUGACGGAGUUCCAGCGCAAGACGCAGUACCUUUUCGAACGCACCUUCAACCUUAAAUUCAUCCGACCUUUUCUGCAAUACAACAGCACGAGGGCGGCCGGCGUGGACUUGGAUAAUGGAACUAUACAGCGUAUAGAGGAGUUAAACGACCUGGAUAUGAAGCUGUACGAUUAUGCCAAAGACCUCUUUCAGCAGAGAUACCAAUACAAACACAUGCUGGACCGACGAGAGCAGAGACUUCUUCUGAGAGGACAGGCGGCGUUCCACAGACCCUUUCGAGAGGAUGGCACCGGGGGAGAGGGCACGGCACGGCUACCCACCGAGGACUACGUGAACCACAUCGUCAAUGGGUGGUAACCGUAUACCUGACACCUGUUAAAACCAUAAAUAUCCAACACGAGCUGUCGGAUGGGACCAGCGAAUGUUCUGGUUGGGCGUAAAUGAGUCUGCCAGCUUCUCAAACUUUUUUUUAAACAAAAAGCUCUGAUUUAAUAAGACAUUAUGACAUUGUGUUCGUGCCACUGGCCAUGUACAUUUUUGUCAACCUCAGUGCUGCAGUGCGAAAUGAAUGGGAAGGUAUUUUAUUACCUUACAUUUACACAAAUAUUGGUGAUGAAUAGACUCUUCAGGAAAAUAAAAAGAGAUUGUUUUUAUAUAUAAAUAUAAAUAUGUAUAGAUCUUAGAUUGCCUUUUUAACCUUGUGUUAAGUGCAGCCGGUGGUUGAAACUACUAACAGCUGUUGUAACAGAGUACGAUUUUAUACAGUAGAUAUAAAUAUAUAACAUAUUUGUCCUCCCUUUAUCAAUAAUUGUUUUGUUUAAUGUGUCAAAAAAGAUUUUCACAUGCCCUGGAGGGCACAGGUGGCGUUUGGGGAUAGGGGGCGCUGCACCUCCAGACCAGAGCCAGUUAUGAUUUUUAAUCAGCUAUGAAUAAAAUUUCUCAUUUUAUCUGUAUUAUCUUGUUUUAGUGGGUAGACUGGGUAACUUAUUUAAAGCCCUGCUCUCUCUCUAAUCUCAAAGUAUUGCAGUACCCUGGUCUGCCUGUAGGUGCCCCCCUAGCGCAAAUGUGAAACUUUGCUUAUCCCUGGAGAUUAUGUUGAAAUUAAAUCCAUUCCUUUUAGUUAAUUAUUGUAUUCCUGCAUCAUUUCUGGUCACCCUAAAAAUGGUUAUCAUGUAAUUGUAUUGUUAUUCCUAUUAUUAUUUGGUUUGUUGUUUGCUUUAUAAGCAUGUGCUGAUUUCUACAGUUUGUACUGUACGUGUUUGUUUUGCACAUUUGCAUUUGCUGUGACCGGAAUCGUUUUUACCCAUGAUGCAAUGCGGUACGCAGCACACAUUUGCAUUGUGAGUCACAUACCCAAAAUGAACAAAAUCAUUUAGCAGUUAUCUUGUUUGAUCACACGCUGAUCAAGAUUUCACAUAAUUUGCCUUGGUCGUGGAUUUUGCCAGCAUGUAGAAUGUGUUAAUUGAACUUGCACUGAGCAUGUUGGGGCCUGACGUCUCUCACAGAUUGUUCUCGUUCAGCUCCGUGUUUGUUAUCGAUGUCUACAGAGGCUCUUUAACUCGCAUCACGCACUUCAGCUGUAAUUUGAAACGAACAGACUGCUAUUGAAGCCAUGUUAAGAGCCAUCUGAAAAAAAUGUGUGUGUGAAAAAUGGAUGACGUGAUCUGUCAGUAUAUCAUUUGGUAAUAUGGAAAAUAUUCUGUUUUAAUUAGGAGAAUGGAGAAGAAAUAUGACUAUUAAUUGUUAAAAGAGUAUGUGUGUGUGUGUGUGUAUGAUAAUGCGUGCGUGUGUGUGUGUGUUAAUUUAAGGUGUCUAAAGUUUGAUUUCCAACAAUGUUCAUGACUGUGAGUGUUUAUUUCAAUUAUGACCCCUGGAUCUUAAAAUUACCAAUAAAAAGAUAUUUCCCGUUUCUAAGA